AUUGUUAUUAACAAAGAGUUUUCAAAAUGAAAUUUUCUCAUACAUGUUUGUAAACACGAUGAUUUAUAUUACAAAUUGUCCGUUACACUUUCACGGGUAAAUCUAUAAAAGCAAUACAGUUUAUUCUAUCCAUAGUCUGAGUCCUGAAACCUAGCGAAACAAGAUUUGGCGCCGAAACGAUCGAAUCCGUUGCGUGGUGACGCAGGCGCAGCGUGGGGUUUCCCAGCCCGGAGAGCAGGGUCACCGCGCCCAUCUCUGCUGUCUGAUGCCGGAGCGAGCGCCUGACAGAGCGAGCGCAGGAGAACGACGAGUGUGGGACCUACAAGAAAGGCUUCUUCGGACCGAGCGUUGUGUUGACCACAUUUACCACGAGGCACCUGCGUGAAGUUCGCGUUAUUUGGGCCAGAAUCAGCGCGGUUGCAGCUGUCGCGGCUGCGGUUCGGGGAGUGCCGCUCUCCGCUGACUGACUGACGGACUGUCUGCAGGUCGGGCAGCUGUGGAUCUCUCCUCGCUGUUUACAGUAAAUGAUAGAUACACAACGAACUGUCCCGACAGAACACAGAUCAGUGCGAGCGCUAGUGAGCGGACGGAGUGAAGCCCAUCGCCUAGCAGAAGAAAAUGAGCGAACUCGACCAGUUGCGUCAGGAGGCUGAACAGCUGAAAAACCAGAUCAGAGAUGCACGGAAAGCAUGUGCGGAUGCCACCCUCUCUCAGAUCACAGCCAAUAUUGAGCCUGUGGGGCGGAUUCAGAUGCGCACUAGACGGACGCUGAGGGGACACUUGGCAAAGAUCUACGCCAUGCACUGGGGCACUGACUCAAGGCUUCUUGUUAGUGCUUCCCAGGAUGGAAAACUAAUUAUCUGGGACAGCUAUACUACAAACAAGGUGCAUGCUAUUCCGCUGCGUUCCUCGUGGGUGAUGACUUGCGCCUAUGCGCCGUCUGGAAACUAUGUGGCCUGUGGAGGCUUGGAUAACAUUUGCUCCAUCUACAACCUGAAGACCCGUGAGGGGAACGUGCGCGUCAGCCGUGAGCUGGCUGGACACACAGGCUAUCUGUCCUGCUGCCGCUUCCUGGACGAUAACCAGAUCGUCACUAGCUCAGGCGACACCACCUGUGCUCUGUGGGAUAUCGAGACGGGGCAGCAGACGACCACAUUUGCAGGUCACACCGGUGACGUAAUGUCACUGUCUCUGGCCCCGGAUACACGUCUGUUCGUGUCAGGUGCCUGUGACGCCUCUGCUAAGCUGUGGGACGUCAGAGAAGGCAUGUGCAGGCAAACUUUCACCGGCCACGAGUCCGACAUCAACGCCAUCUGUUUCUUCCCCAAUGGAAAUGCGUUUGCCACGGGCUCGGACGACGCCACCUGCAGGCUGUUUGACCUGCGUGCCGAUCAAGAGCUGAUGGUUUAUUCUCACGACAACAUCAUCUGUGGGAUCACCUCCGUGGCCUUUUCCAAAAGCGGACGCCUGCUGCUCGCCGGCUACGACGAUUUCAACUGCAACGUGUGGGAUGCUCUUAAAGCCGACCGUGCAGGAGUUUUGGCGGGUCACGAUAACCGUGUCAGCUGCUUGGGUGUCACUGACGACGGGAUGGCUGUGGCCACCGGCUCCUGGGAUAGUUUCCUUAAGAUCUGGAAUUAAAGCCGUAAGAUCGCAUCCGGACUCUAAGGUUGACUGGAAGACCAUUCCAAAAUGAAAAUGUUCGAUUUUAUUCCCCUCUCUCCUUCUCAAACACAACAGAACUGACCCCAACAUCUAUAAACAACAAAAGAGCAAAAAUUUCUUCUUUGGAAAAAAAAAAAAAAAAAGAGCACAAUUGUUACACUCAGCUAGAUUGUAGUUGGUAAGUGGAUAAAAGUUGAUAAUUGUGCAUCCUUCUGGGACCAUUUUCUGAUACUGUAUUGAGAGAACACAAGACACUCAUUCCACUGCUAUUGUCAUUAUGCUAACGUCAUUAUCUUUAACGUGAAAACAGGCGGUUUUUCUAAAAGAACUAGCUCGAUAGCUUUAUGGGCCUUUUUUGGACCUCUCCCCCAGUCAGGAUCGCAGGUGUGCUUUUGUCUCCUAGUUUUUAAAUGUUUCGGGAUCAAAUUUAUAGUUAGGAAUUAAAACAAGCGUGACGUUCUCCAAGCUGUCUGUCACAGAGCUUCUUUACAUCAGUAAAAACGGUAAAGGAUUUGAUCAGGGGUCCACUAGCUGCUAUCAGGCCUGUAUAUUUAGUCCCAGGAAAUUUGAUUAUUAAUGUUGUUCUUUUUUUUUUGUCUAGUUGCGAAUUUUUGUUUGCACAAGUAAUACAGUUUUGCAAAUACGUUAACUAACCAAGCACGUGCUGUUCAUGAUGACGAAUGCUUGAUUUUCGAAGAUGAAACCAUGUCAAUUUUAACCAUACUUCUCCUCAUGCUUUUUGGAAAAUGUAGAGUAAUUCAAUGAAGAUUAACCAAUCAUUUUAAUAAUUUUAUUUUAUAUUUUUCUUAUCUUCGAUGUGGAGGAUGUUGAAGGC